GUCAGGGCGGGGAGCGGUGGGCCAGCAGGUGAGCGCAGGACCGGAGACUGGCUGCUAGGCUGGGAUGGGGCCCACAAGUCCAGAGAGACAGGCAGCCGGAGGGCACCUCGUCACAGGUCCUUGCUUCCCCUCCAACGCAGACGCCGUCUCCCACCAAGAGUCAUGGCCUUGUUGGCCCAGCGCCUCCUCGUUCUUGUCCCUGUCCUCUGCCUGGUGGCUUCCCUGGACUGGAAGAAUGCCCACAUUCAGGACCCCUUUGAGAAGUGCAUGCAUGACCCUGACUAUGACCAGCUGCUCAAGGUCGUGACCUUGGGCCUCAAUCGGACCUUGAAUCCCCAGAGGGUGAUCGUGGUUGGUGCUGGUGUGGCUGGGCUGGUGGCUGCCAAGGUGCUCAGUGAUGCCGGACACAAGGUCACCAUCCUAGAGGCAAACAGUAGGAUCGGGGGCCGCAUCUUCACCUACCGGGACCAGAAGACGGGCUGGAUUGGGGAGCUGGGAGCCAUGCGCAUGCCCAGUUCACAUAGGAUCCUCCAUGAGCUCUGCAAGAACCUGGGACUCAACCUGACCAAGUUCACCCAACACGAUGAGAACACGUGGACAAAAGUGAAUAACGUCAAGCUGCGGAACUACGUGGUGGAGAAGAUGCCCGAGAAGCUGGGCUACAAGCUGAACUCCAGGGAGAAGGGCCACCCGCCCGAGGAGAUCUACCAGAUGGCUCUCAACAAGGCCGUCAAAGAUCUCAAGACAAUGGGCUGCAAAAAAGCAAUGAAGAAGUUUGAAAGGCACAUGUUCCUGGACUACCUCCUCGGGGAGGGGAACCUGAGCCAGCCGGCCACGCAGCUCCUGGGAGACGUGAUGGCCAAGGCCGGCUUCUUCUAUCUCAGUUUCGCAGAAGCCCUGCGGGCCCACAGCUGCCUCAGCGACCGGCUCCGGUACAGCCGCAUCGUGGGCGGCUGGGACCUGCUGCCGCGCGCGCUGCUGAGCUCUGUCCCGGGGCCGGUGCUGCUGCGCGCGCCUGUCACGGCGGUGACGCAGAAUAGGCAGGAGGUGCACGUGCACAUCGCGACCUCGCACCAGGCCCGGAAUCUGAAGGCCAUGACGGCGGACAAGGUGCUGCUGACGGUGAGCGGGCCGGCGCUGCAGCGCAUGAUCUUCUCGCCGCCGCUGCCGCGCAAGCAGCAGCAGGCGCUGCGCGCGCUGCACUACGUGCCGGCCACCAAAGUGUACCUGAGCUUCCACCGGCCCUUCUGGCACGACGAGCACAUCGAGGGCGGCCACUCAAACACUGACCGCCCGUCGCGCGUGAUAUUCUACCCGGCGCCGGGUGAGGGGGCGCUGCUGCUGGCCUCGUACACGUGGUCGGACUCGGCGGCCACGUUCGCGGGCCUGAGCCUGGAAGAAGCGCUGCGCUUGGCACUCGACGACGUGGCGGCACUGCACGGGCCGAUUGUGUACCGGCUCUGGGACGGCCGCGGCAUCGUCAAGCGCUGGGCCGACGACCCGUACAGCCAGGGGGGCUUUGUAGUGCAGCCGCCCAUGCUCUGGAAGGCCGGCAAGGACGAAGAGCAGGAGUACGACUGGACCGUCCCUCACGGCCACGCCUACUUCGCCGGCGAACACACGGCGCACCCGCACGGCUGGGUGGAAACGGCGGUCAAGUCGGCGCUGCGUGCCGCGGUGUUGAUCAACCGCCAGGAAGGGCACCCAGCGACGGUCCCUACCCGACCCCUGCGCGGUGCGACUCCAAGGAUGUCACCCUCCAGUCAUAAAGUAGGAUAACGGAUCCGCACACGACCCACAAGAGGACCCGGCAUUAAAGCAUUUUCUUUAAAAGCUGUGCGGCCUUGCCCCUCCCUGGCCCAGUCCUCUCCGUUUCCAUGGAGCAGUCAUUAACCCUCAAGGCAGAAGGUUCUGCACCUAUCCUGGAACCCCAGAAGCUGUCCUUCCUAGACCGUG